UAUAACUUCAAAAUUCUCGUCGUUACUGUGAUAACUAUUCUCCGAUUAAUAUCAGAGCGAUAAAAUAUAUUUUAAGGGACGUAUCGACCAAUGGAGAGGUGACAUCCUUUCUGAGAUGGCGACUCCCUAUGCUCGACGGAUGGCAGCUUUGUCUGCCAGAAUAUUUGGAGAGGUUUCUAAACCAACUGACCAAAAAUCCAUGAAAGUCGUGAAAAUGCUCAGUGUCCAGCCUGCCAACAAGAACCCAGAGUUUGUUCGGUAUUAUCCAAAGUAUGAAGAAUUGCGUGCACUUCAUCUGAGUCUAAGGAGGUUUGGAAUUAUUAGGGACGAUUUAGCAGAAUUUAAAGUCCACCUCGGUAGAGCUAGGACUGGGAGAGGCAAGAAACCGCCAGCUAAGGGUGAAGGAAAACGAGCCAUGAAAGCCAAGAGAAAGGGUGGAUCAUGAUGAAAAAUAAAGAAAAGGAUAUUUUUGAGUUAAGAAAAGGACUUUCAAGUACCUCUCUUAGUAACAUUGUCCAGUGCAAAGAGUCAAAAACUGAUGAUAAUGCAAACAUUUCAGUAUAUUGAAAUAAGGCUCAUUGAUAGGAAUAGUAAAUUAGUUGGCUAAGAGCUGAAGCUUAGAGACUUAUUAAGCUGAAGACAACUUUUACUUUUUGUGAAAUGGAGCCUUGGAGCAAGAAAGCCAUUCAUUGGCUAUCAAGAAAAAUUCUAGUGUAGAAUGAUGGUCACCAUAUUGUCCAUUUCUCCAGGUUGUUCUUCUAAUCAAGAAAAAAAAAAUGUUUUUUCUGAAUUUCUUUCUGUACAUCUAUUUGUAUCAACUUGCUGGAGAGAAAAAAAAAUGAUGUCCUUUCAGAAAAAAGACAUUAAGACCAGAUUUUUAA